UGCAGCACAACAGACACACACUCACACACACACACACACACACUCCCUGCUGCCAUCUCACACACACUCUCUAUAUUGUAUGCCUCUCUGCACUAACUCUGGCUUCUCACUCUGAUUCACACUCCAUCUCACACAGGGGGACUGGUCUUGAUCGCAUUGUCGUCCUGACUUUGGACAGCUGUGCACGACUGUGGCUUUGGACAGCUCUGAUUGACUGUGCUGAAGAUGUCAUGGCGACCGGUGUACAGGAGCUCUAAGUUCCGGAAUGUGUAUGGCAAGCCAGGAGGCAGAGAGCAGUGCUUUGAUGGGAUCCCCAUCACCAGGAACGUCCAGGACAGCCAUUUCUGCACCGUCAACGCCAAGUUCCUGGCCGUCGUGACCGAGAGUGCAGGGGGAGGAGCCUUCAUUGUCAUUCCGAUCACUAAGACCGGGCGGAUAGACCCAAACUACCCCAAAGUGUGUGGGCAUCAGGGCAAUGUUUUGGACAUCAAAUGGAAUCCUUUCAUGGACAACGUCAUCGCCUCGUGCUCAGAGGACUGCUCCGUGCGGAUCUGGGAGAUUCCGGAAGGCGGCCUGAGACGGAACAUGACGGAAUGUGUUCUGGAGCUUUACGGACACAGCCGUAAAGUGGGGCUCAUAGAGUGGCACCCCACCUGCGCAGGGCUGCUCUUCAGCGCUGGAUACGACUUCAAGAUCCUGGUAUGGAAUCUGGAAACAGGCGGAGCCGUGAAGGUGAUUGACUGCCACUCUGACGUCAUCCUCUGCAUGACCUUUAACACAGACGGGAGUCUGCUGGCGACCAGCAGCAAGGACAGGCGCCUGCGCUUGAUUGAUCCUCGCUCUGGAGAUGUUCUUCAGGAGGCUAACUGCAAGAGCCACAGAGUAAACAGGGUGGUGUUUCUAGGCAACAUCAAAAUGUUGGCAACAACAGGCGUCUCCCGAUGGAACAGCAGACAGAUUGCACUGUGGGACCAGGAGGACCUGUCCAGGCCAAUUAUGGAGGAGGAGAUUGACGGCCUGUCUGGCUUACUCUUCCCCUUCUAUGACCCGGAUACGCACAUGCUCUACCUGGCUGGCAAGGGAGAUGGAAACAUCAGGUACUAUGAGAUAAGCCCGGAGAAGCCAUACCUGCAGUUCCUCAUGGAGUUCCGGUCGCCUGCUCCACAGAAAGGCCUUGGAGUGAUGCCUAAACAAGGACUAGAUGUCGGAGCCUGUGAAGUGUUCCGCUUCUACAAACUGGUGACACUGAAGGGGCUGGUGGAGCCGAUCUCCAUGAUCGUACCACGCAGGUCAGAGACGUACCAGGAGGACCUGUACCCCAUGACCGCAGGACCGGAGCCCGCGCUCUCUCCAAACGAGUGGCUCAGAGGAAUCAACCGAGGGCCAGUUCUGAUUUCACUGAGGGCGAGCUACAAGCAUCCAGGCCAGAUGGUCAUCAGGGCCUCCAAGCGGGAGAGAAGGACGGUGGGUGUGCGCAGCAUCGACCUGCUGGAGAACGUCCCGCCAAAGACACAGAGCGAGCUGCUGAGGACGUUCUUCAGACAGGAGGAUGAAAUCAAGCAGCUCAGAGAGGAUCUGGCGCUCAAGGACCAGAGGAUCCGACAACUGGAGCUGGAGCUGAACAACCUAAAGAACAACUCUAGCACGUGACCCCUCACCCCUGCCCUCUGACCCUAACCCUCGCAGGACCCCCGACGCUCAUUAAGCACUUCACCACAGUCGUCGUCACUGUCAAACCUAACAAGUUACCCCCCCUCAACGUGCUGCCCAAAACCUAACGAGCUACCCCCCCCCCCCCCCAACAUGCUGCCCAAAACAAAGCUGAUGAGUUAGUCUCCCUCAAACCUAAUGAGCGUCUCUCCCACCACAGCUCAGCAGCCUUGCGUCCGUCCAAAUGACCUUGCGUCCGUCCACAUGACUGGCCCCUGCCGAGCUGCUGUGGCUGUCCAGGCGCCUGGUGGAGGUCGUCUCUGUGGCCGAGUGCUUGUGAGAGGACAUGUGGAGAUUACUCUAGCAUGGUGUAAUGCUGUUCUACAUCCCAUACUAGGCCCAAAUCUGCUGUGGUUGCUGUUGUAAGAUAAGGAAAUGGAUCUUAUUUGGAUCAUAGGGCGAUAUCUGCCCCAUGGAUUUGAUCUUCAGGCAUGGGUCCUAAUGCCCCGUAGAUUCUGUAGUCACUCACUCAUUACAAUUUGAAUUUUAAAUAUUUUCCAGUAGCUUUAAAUAUUCACAUUUCUAUAUCUUAGAACAUACCAAUGAACCAUGCAUACCUAUAACCUAUCCUCACAUCAGUCAUCUGCGGAAAAGCAGUCAACUGCGGACAAACUCUUCAGUGUCUGAGCAUGAUGGGAUGGCUGUCUCUACAUAUAUUUACAGUAAAUACCUCAGUUCUGUUCAAAACGAUCCAUAUGUUUAUGUCUCGUCAUCGAAAUUACAGUAUAUAUUGAUUGCGUUCAACAUGUUAUUUGCUAUUAUUUAUCCAAAACUGUCAAACACAUCAAUAGAUCUGAUCCACAUGCAAUUUAUAUGCUAAUGUUUGAAACUGGUUGAAGUUUUGUUGCCGUCAGCAACAGCUGAUCUGGUUCCAUUGUACACUCUCCUGCGAUGACCACCCUAAUUGGACACCUCUGCCCUCCAUGGUCAUCUCUACUUGUCCCGUUGACUGAAGGGGAAGCCUCCUCUCAAGCAGACAGGACGCAUCACACCAGCGUUGCCCUGGGAUACCCGCUGUGGCACCCCAGAGAGAGGAGGGCGACCGAGGACAAAUCCACUGAUCUGAAUGUGGAGUCUUAAUAAAAACAGCAGAAAUGAACUGCA